AUGGCGCCUGAAAAUGCUACUGCACGCAUCUUUCUCGCUGCCUGCUUCUUCUUCUUGUCCUACUCCCACCAUGUUACUGCUGCCACCUCGCCGCCUCCAUCCUUCAGCUUCAACUUCUCAAACACCACCAAGGACCAACUAGGAGAUCUCCGGUUCGAGGGAGACGCCGCUCUGAAUGGCAACCUGGUUGACCUCACCUGCAACGAUGAUUCCUUGUUCUGCCUGGGGCGGAUGUCAUACAACCACCCGGUGGCCUUGUACGACAACAACACGGGCGAGGUGGCCAGCUUCGCCACCACCUUCACCUUCGCCAUCAACAUAUUGCCCAACACAACCCAAAGGGGAGACGGUAUGACCUUCUUCCUCUCUGGCUACCCCUCAAGGUUACCGCCAGGCUCGUCCGGUAGCGUCUUUGGCCUGAGGAACUGGACCAAUACUAGCCCCUCCGGAGAAGACCGGUUCGUCGCCAUCGAGUUUGACCCGUUCAACAACGGGCAAUGGGAUUCCAUAUCAAACGACCACAUUGGCAUCGACCUCAAUUCCCUGACCUCAAUUAGCUCAACGAGGUUGCCGAUCUACAGCCUCAACGGCACCAUGACGGCGACCAUCACUUUUGACAACGCCACCCGGAUACUGGAGGCCAUACUGAACUUUGAUUACAAUAGUUCUCUUGCCCCCGCUAGUGUCAAGACACAGCUACCAGCUCAGCUCGAUGCGUUGCUCCCGCCGGUGGUGUCUGUGGGGUUCUCGGCGGGAACCGGUGGAUACUCUGAGCUGCAUCAGAUACACUCCUGGUCCUUCAACUCAACUAUGGCAGCCACGGAUACACCCACAAGAGAUAACGUAUUUCAUCCGAAUCAAGGCAAGGUGUUUGGCAUCAAAGGUCGUCAGGGCCAAAAUUUGGUUAUUGGAGGAUUGGUGAUACUCGUGUUAGCCGUGUUGUUGGCAAUCUGGUCGACCUUUUCAUGGUGUAGGUUGAAACGCAUACGGAACUCCUUUGGCAAGGAUAGUCGGCUUAAACGAUACGAGUACAGCGACCUGUCCAUGGCAACAGACAGAUUCUCCGAAAAGAAGGAGAUCGGAAAGGGUGGCUUUGGCGUGGUCUACAGUGGGAGUCUCAAGAAGAAGGAUGUGGCUGUCAAGAAAAUCCUGAAGGACUCGAGAGGAGAAUUCAAGGACUUCCUUGCCGAGCUUGGUUCCAUUGACGGAACGGGCCACGUGAACUUGGUGAGGCUCGAAGGCUGGUGCUGCAGCGUUAACAAUUACAUGUUUUGGUGCUUGGGAAGGCAGCAUGUCGAGCUCUUUCUUGUGUAUGAACUCGUGCCAAAUGGAACACUACAUCAGCACCUGUAUGAAAAGUCAGAAGUGUUGUCAUGGGAAAUGAGGUUCAAAAUUGUGAAGGGUUUAUGCAACGCCCUUCAUUAUCUCCACCACCAAUGUAGCCAAUACAUAUUGCAUAGAGAUAUCAAACCAGGCAACAUUCUACUCGAUAGUGAAUUCAACGCCAAGCUCGGUGACUUUGGCCUGUCUAGGGUCGCCGAGCACAACAACGUAACAUCAGUGCAAACGGAAGCAGCUGCUGGGACUAUGCGCUACAUGGAUCCACAGAGCAUGACAGAUGGACAGGCCAACUUACGCCGCAGCUCCGAUGUCUACAGCUUUGGAAUCGUCCUGCUAGAGAUAGCACAUGGAAAGUAUAACCCCGGCCUUGUUCGACAUCUGCACAAGAAUCGACCAUAUACAUUCGUGGAGGACGUUGCCGACGAGAAGCUAGCUGGACAAUUUGACAGGGUGCAGAUGGAGCGUGUUAUUAUCCUGGGCCUCCGAUGUUGUGAAGAAGUCGCGAGCAAACGACCUUCACUUGAUGCUGCAGCAAUGCAAUUCCUGGAGAGUGGUGGGGAGUUGCAUGCUGCCACGAUUCAUAAAGAUGAGCCCCGCCCUACUACUCCUCGUGCCUAG